AUGGACGCAUCGUCCAUUAUCACCCAAGUGUCACGGGAUGACGAGCUUGGCCACUUCAAUAAUGAAAAAGCACAACUACCGAGAGAAAAUGAGGCGACCAGCAACAACAGACCACCGGGUGGCAAAAAACCUCGAGGAAGAGGUUUAUUGCGCUCUCUCCUGUGCUGUCUCGGCAGGGGCCGAGGUAGCGGCAGCUCCAAGAGCUCCAAAGCGAGUUCUCUCCAGAGCGAGGGUAGAGGCACCCCGCCGCCUGGUACCCGAUCACCAAGAUACCUUCUACCACCCAUUAGACAUCAGGAUAUGCACAAAAAGUGUAUGGUAAUUGAUUUGGAUGAGACUCUGGUGCACAGUUCGUUCAAGCCAAUCAACAAUGCAGACUUUGUUGUACCCGUCGAGAUUGAUGGAACAGUGCAUCAGGUGUACGUUUUGAAGAGGCCUUAUGUCGACGAGUUUUUACAGAGAAUGGGUGAACUUUAUGAAUGUGUUCUAUUUACCGCAAGUCUUGCUAAAUACGCGGAUCCUGUUGCUGAUUUGCUUGAUAGAUGGGGAGUCUUUAGAGCAAGGUUGUUUAGAGAAUCGUGUGUUUUUCAUCGUGGUAAUUAUGUCAAGGAUUUAAAUAAGCUUGGUAGAGACCUUCAGCAGAUUAUAAUCGUUGAUAAUAGUCCAGCGAGUUAUAUAUUUCACCCGGAUAAUGCAGUACCGGUAGCUUCAUGGUUCGAUGACAUGACAGAUUCGGAGCUGCUUGACCUGAUUCCCUUUUUUGAGAAGCUGAGUAAUGUUGAAAAUAUUUACACAGUUCUGUGUAAUAGUAAACAUCCGUAUAAUCAAGUACCGGGUGGCGGUACGUUACAAAAUAAUUCGAGCCCUGGACAAGGAUCAAUGGGAGCCUCCUAG